AUGGCCGAGCUGCGAUUGUGGCUGCGCUACGGCGGCCGUCCUCUGCUCCUCCUCACCUGCUUCUUCGCGCCCUUUCUUGGCAAGCUUGGAGCCGGCCCCGCUGCCUGCGCGCGUUACGCGGGUGUAUCUGAACCUUCUUUUAUUGCUAAAAGUGAAGAUCGUUUGUUUAAACAUCUAUUUGAAGACUAUCAAAAAUGGGUUCGUCCAGUGGAACGCUUGAAUGACACAAUAAAAAUAAAGUUUGGCCUUGCAAUUUCUCAGCUAGUAGAUGUGGAUGAGAAAAAUCAAUUGAUGACAACAAAUGUCUGGUUGAAACAGGAAUGGGUAGAUGUGAAAUUAAGGUGGAAUCCUGAAGACUAUGCUGGAAUAACGUCUAUUCGUGUCCCAUCAGAUUCUAUUUGGAUUCCGGAUAUUGUGCUGUAUGACAAUGCAGAUGGACGUUUUGAGGGAACAUCUACAAAAACUGUGGUAAAAUAUGAUGGCACCAUUGCGUGGACUCCACCAGCAAACUACAAAAGUUCUUGUACUAUUGAUGUAACCUUCUUCCCCUUUGACCUCCAAAACUGCUCUAUGAAAUUUGGUUCCUGGACUUACGAUGGUUCGCAGGUUGAUUUAAUUCUUGAAGACUAUGAUGUUGACAAAAGAGACUUUUUUGAUAAUGGUGAAUGGGAGAUAGUGACUGCAACAGGAAGCAAAGGAAAUAGGACUGAUGGCUGCUGCUGGUAUCCUUUUGUUACAUAUUCAUUUAUAAUUAGACGUUUGCCACUUUUUUACACCUUGUUUCUCAUUAUUCCUUGCAUUGGGCUUUCAUUUCUAACUGUCCUUGUCUUCUAUCUUCCUUCCAAUGAAGGUGAAAAAAUUUCACUUUGCACUUCAGUACUGGUAUCUUUGACUGUUUUUCUUCUUGUUAUAGAAGAGAUUAUUCCAUCCUCUUCUAAAGUUAUCCCACUUAUAGGAGAGUACUUGGUGUUUACUAUGAUAUUUGUGACAUUGUCCAUUGUAAUAACUGUCUUUGCUAUCAAUAUUCAUCAUCGCUCUUCGUCUACACACAAUGCUAUGGCACCUUGGGUUCGCAAGAUAUUUCUUCACAAACUUCCCAAGCUGCUUUGCAUGAGAAGUCAUGUAGAUAGAUACUUUGCUCAGAAGGAGGAAACAGAAAAUAUGAAUGGAUCAGAAUCAUCUAGGAACACCUUGGAAGCAGCUCUGGAUUCUAUUCGAUAUAUUACAAGACAUGUUAUGAAGGAGAAUGAAGUUCGUGAGGUGGUUGAAGACUGGAAAUUUAUUGCUCAGGUGCUUGAUCGAAUGUUCUUAUGGGCUUUUCUUCUGGUUUCAGUAAUUGGAUCACUUCUGUUAUUUAUUCCUGUUAUUCAUAAAUGGGCAAGUAUAAUAGUACCUAUGCAUAUAGGCAAUACAAAUGCAUAA